AUGGUGAUGUAUAAUUAUAAAGUGAGAGGUUCUCCGAUAUUUUCAUUAAAAACGGUUUUUCUUUUAUUUUUUAUUGUAAAUGUAACAAAUUCACAAUCUCCCGAAGUAACGUAUGUAACACAUCCAGAAAGUGAAUCGGGUUUAAAGAUCGUUCAAGCUGAUUCAUAUAUUACCAAUUCCGCUAUCUGUUUUCGUUUAGCUAAAAAAAGUCCAUAUUUCGAAGGAUGUAAUGAAGAAACAGUUUACUUAAGAUUACUAAAACAAGAUGGUAACGUUAGGAACUUGGAUUUUACUGGUCUACCUCAAGAAAGUUUUUGUAGAGGUAGUCCUGUUGGUGUUUCAUUUCAUAAAAAACAUCAUAAAAACAAAGAUUAUUGUAAAUAUGGUGAUCCUGAUCCAAAAUGUGGAAAAAUGCCAAAUGAACCAGGUGGUGGAGGAGGAACUCCAAAUGCACCCGGAGGUGGUGGUGGUGCGCCAAACGCACCAGGAGGUGGCGGUGGAGGAACUCCAAACGCACCCGGAGGAGGUGGCGGUACGCCAAACGCACCAGGAGGGGGUGGAGGAGCGCCAAACGCACCAGGAGGUGGUGGAGGAACGCCAAACGCACCAGGCGGGGGUGGAGGAACGCCAAACGCACCAGGAGGUGGUGGAGGAACGCCAAACGCACCCGGAGGUGGUGGAGGAACGCCGAAUGCUCCAGGAGGAGGUGGUGGUGGUGGUACGCCAAACGCACCCGGAGGUGGUGGAGGAACGCCAAAUGCUCCAGGAGGAGGAGGUGGUGGAGGUGGAGGUGGUACGCCAAAUGCUCCAGGAGGUGGAGGUGGUACUCCAAACGCACCCGGAGGAGGUGAUGGUACCUCAAAAACCCCUACCGCCCCUGGUGAUGGAAAAACACCUGGAGGCGGAGGACCUGGAACACCAGUCGAUGAAUCUGACGUGGUAUCAGAUAGUAUAGUAAUUUAUGCAAUAUCAGGAGAAUAUAUUCUUAUUACAUAUUCUUGUAACGGUUCGAUUUGUGGUAAAGUUGUAAAUUGGGAAGGUGAAACAACAGAUGAAAUGCAAUUUAAGGAUGUAUGUACGGACAGUAGAAUUGUCAAGAGUAUGUAUGACGAUAAUGACAAUGGUGGAUUCUUAUAUGCUUGUUAUAAACAAGAAACGGAAACGAUCAUUUGGACAACCUAUACGGCACCAAAUAUCGAAAAUAAUAAGGUAUUAGAAAAGAACAGCGGAGUAAUAAGGAAUAUAACAAAAUUUUCCUCCAAUUUAACACAUAUAUUUGGAACCGAAGAUGGAGGGUAUUCGAUAGUAGUAGGAGAUUAUAAUAGUAAAGUGGAAGAAGCAUUUAUGCCGCCAUGGACUAUAUCAGUGUAUUUUAUACCAAUAGAUAGUAAUGAACAUAAGGGACCAUAUGAGCUUUAUUCACAAACAACAGAAACAGUUACAGCAUUAGAAAUAAAGAGAUGUAAUAUAGCAUAUCAAAUGUACGGUUAUAGUUGUAUAAUACAUUAUAUCACACCUGCAGGGAGAAAAUUCCUAGAUAUAGAUUUCGUAUCGUCAGGAGCUAUAUUGAAUACAUUUGAAUUUGUAGUGGAACAAAUACCUGCCGAUAGUGAGGUGAUUGAUAUCGAAACACUCUAUUAUGGUGGAUUUUGUAUUGUCGCUACUACACAAGAUAAUAAUAUACAAGGAUUCGCUUAUAGUAAUAAUGGUACUUUUGGUAAAAUUUGGGGAUUACCUACUAAUAAUACCUAUAGUUCGGAAUUUGGUGUAAAAACCGAUAAUACCGUUUGGGCUAUUGCUGAUACGAAUAAAGCAUAUGAAUGGACUUGUGUUAUGUCAACCGCUCUUCAAUCAUACACAACAAUUGAAGGAGGAAAUGGACAAGGACCAUUUGGUGGACCAGGAGGAUAUGGUUCAUCAACGGUAGAAAGUACAGUACCAGAAAAAUAUGCAAAAGUAUCAACAAAUCUUAAAGAAGUCGCAAUCACAUACAAACCAUCUAUUGAAUCAUCAACUGGAACCGUUUCAUUUUAUCAAACGAGUGAAAAUGGUGAUGACCCUAUACUUAAACAAAUAGUGCAAACAAAUGAUCCAAAUUAUGUUACAAUAAAUGGAAAUGAAAUGUUAGUUAAAGUAGCAAAUUUUACCUUUAAUAAAGGAAAUACUUCUUAUGAAAUUAUUGUUGAUAAUGCAGCUGUUAAAGCUAGUGGACAAAAUCUUGUUGGUAUUAGACAAGGUGCUUGGAUAGUUGCUACGCUUUCAGAUAAUGUUGAAACAUCCGAAAAAAAUCUAGGUGGCAAGAAAGCGACCGUUCUAUUGACAGCAAAAGGAACUGAAAAAUUUAUAAAAUCAAAUAAAGCUGAUAAAGAGAAAUAUGUUAAUGAUAUGUCUACUGAAAUUACAAAAGUGCUUGCAUGUGAUCCCGGUCGUAUUUCUAUACCAAGUGAUAGAUAUCAAUAUAAUCAAACCUUACCAGAUCAAAUCUUAUUGCGCGUAGAUAUUAAAGAAUCCAAAGCACCAAAUGAACUUGUACCGUAUAGUUUAAUAAAGGCUUUGAAUGAAGCGAUUCGCUUUAAAAAUAUUUCGUCUAUAUCAAGAGAAGAACAUACAAACGAUUUAGAUUCCCUAUAUGGAGCCGAACAAACUUCUAAUUUAUGGGGGAAUUAUAGAUGGAUAUUAUUGGGAGUUGCAUUAGGAUUAUUGAUUUUAUCAAUAUUUUGGAUCUUGGCAAUGAGAAAGUACAAGAAAGGAAGGAAUUUCUUGGCAAUUUUCUUUUUCCCACUUGUUAUAAUAGAUUUCUUUUUGGAUAUUAUAGUAUUAGCAGAACACGGACGAGAUCGAAAUUGGUUCAAUAUCUGCUGUUACGUCUUUUUAAUAAUACCAUUAUUAUUUAAUUCGAUAAUUGCGUUAAUUAUUAUAAGUAAACAAUUAAAGGAAUCGUCCUCAUUUACAAAGUGGUGGAAAAGGUAUUCAAAAAGUGCAUUAGGUUUCACAUUCUUGUCAAGUAUAGAUUUGGAAGCAUUGAAUUUUGCAUCAUCAAAAUGUGGUGGCAAAGAAUUAUUAAAUGCGAGAUUCACGGAACCAGGAUUAAAAGAAAUUUCGAAAUAUGCUAUGAUUAUAGUAUUAAUUGAAGAUCUACCGCAACUAAUAAUUUAUUCAUUAUAUCAAAGAUAUACAGCCAAACCAGCAAUUAUACCUAUAUUGGCAUUGUCAUCAGCAUGCAUAGUACUCUUAUUUAAAAUAAUUUCGUCUAUUUAUUUAAUAUAUAUUUAUAAGCCUGAUAAACCUAUGACAAGUACAAUAGAAAAGGAUGAUGACUUAGGUAGCGAUACAAGUAGUUUGGAAGAAGGUGAAAAGGGCGGAUCAAGAAAUGAAGCGGCACCUAUAACUGAUACUACCACUGAUCGUCCAACUGGAGGAGUAACCGAGUUUGAUGAUGUUGGUAGAUCUGUUGAGCCUCAAUCAUCCGAAAUGAAUAUAGUGUCCUCAGAAAAAGAACAGGUCACGUCUCACAUUCCCACUAAUAGUAAAAAUGAUGAUAUUGAAGGUGUAGGAAAAAUGGCAGGAAUCGUAGGAGUUGCUAGUUAUCAUGACGUUGAUCAUGAUCAUGAUCAUAAAUCUCAAAACGGUGAUAUAGGAGAUUUUGGCAAAGCGAGUCGAGAACAAGAAGAACUAAAAAGUACUGCAGUAGGGGGCAGAACGGAAGAAAGUACUGCAAUUAGCACUGCCACUCGUACCAUAUCAGAAACUGAAAAUGUCACCGGUUAUAGGACUUUUUCACAACCUGGUGAAGGUGAAACCGAAACUAAGUACACCUUUGAAACCACAGAAUAUUCAACGAGUAACGUUGGUGGUUUUGUAGUUCAUAGUAGGAGUGAAGGUGUUGGUGAACCUGAAUAUUUUUCUAUCGGUACCCACGCCAAGUAUUUUACGGAAAAUGGUAGAAUUAAAAAGCACACUGAUGAUGGUGAAGGAGAUGAUACUUACACCGAAUAUUAUAUUGAAAAUGGAGAAAUUAACAAACAUACUCGUACCGAAUAUUAUUAUACAGAAGAUGGUAAAAUUAUAAAACGUACUGUUAAGGAUGGUGAUGAAACUGAACAUUAUUCAAUUGGUACACAUUCUGAAUAUUACACAAAAGAUGGUAAAAUUAAAAAUCGCACCGAUAAUAAGGAUGUUGGUGAAGGAGAUGAUACUUAUACCGAAUAUUAUAUUGAAAAUGGUGAAAUUAAAAAACGUGCUCUUACUGAAUAUUAUUAUACCGAAGAUGAUAAAAUUGCAAAACGUGUCGUCGGUAAGAAUGGUGUUGAAACUGAAUAUUAUACUAUCGCUCAUACCGAUUAUUAUACAGAAGACGGUAACAUUAAAAAACGCACUUACAGUAAGGAUGAUGGCGAUAUUUACACCGAAUAUUAUAUUGAGGAUGGUGAAAUUAAAAAACGUACUCUUAUUGAAUAUUUUUAUACCGAAGGUGAUAAAAUGAAAAAACGUACCGUUAGUGAUGAAAUUUAUUCUAUUGGUACUCCUAAUGAAUAUUAUACAAAAGAUGGUAAGAUUAAAAAACGUAAUAGUAAGGAUGAUGGUGAAGAUGAUAAUUUUACCGAAUAUUAUAUUGAAGAUGGUACAAUUAAAGAAUGUACACGUAUUGAACAUUAUUAUAUCGAAGAUGGUAAACUUAUAAAACGUACCAUUGUUAAGGAUGAUGAUGAAGGAGGUAGUACUCGUGUUAAAUACUAUGCUGAAGAUGGUAAGAUUAAAAAACGUAUCUUGAAGAGUAGAUCUGAUAAAUCUGAUAGUUCUUCAUCUAGUAGUAGUAGUUCGGAUGAUGAUUCUAGUGAUGAUGAAACCAAAGAAAAAACAAAACAUAUCUAG